GUGUGUGUGUGUGUGUGUGUGUAUCAGGGAGGGGACUAAUUAAGGAGCAUUAAUGACUUGUGGCCGUUUGGAAAAAACAAGGGAGGAGUUUAAGUGUUUGAGCAGCAGCAGCAGAGUAACUCUGGAGCUAAAAACGAAGAGCACCUCGUGUUUCAGUCAGUGUAGUCUCCUGACUUUCAGUGAAGAACCUCUGGAGAGUGAGGCUGCGCGGUUCCUCUUCAAACUUCACCUCGCUGUCUGCUCUCCACGUCCCGGUGUUCCGGAAACAAGAAAGCGGCUGGAAGAACCAUGUUUGCCUUCAUGUUUCUCCUCCUCCUUGCUCCACAUGUGUUGUUGUCCUCGGCACAUUUAGCAGAGAUCUCCCCUCAAGAUCCUGUCCUGCAUAUUGGCUCCAGUCUGACGGCCAAGUGCAUGCUGAGCCCUGAGCUUGGCCUCCACGCCAGCAUGCUCUACUGGACGCUGAAUGGGAUGUGUCUGUCCAGCAGCACCUACAGCGUGGUGAGCCCUGACAUCCUGAGCGUCACCCUUCACAACCUAAACGGCUCCCAGCAGCAGUCUGGAGACAACCUUGUGUGUCAUUCAGCAGAUGGACACGUCCUGGCUGGUUCUUGUCUCUAUGUGGGCAUGCCCCCGGAAAAACCAGUCAAUAUAACGUGUUGGUCCCGCAACACAAAGGACUUGAGCUGCAAGUGGAGCCCAGGGGGGCGGGGUGAGACCCACAUCCCAACCCAGUACACCCUCAAGUACAAAUUGAGGUGGUACGGGAGAGAGAAGGAGUGUGAAAAUGACAGCACGGGGAAGCAGCGUUACUCCUGCCACAUCCCCCGCAACCUCGCCCUCUUCACUCCGUAUGAGAUCUGGGUGGAGGCAGCCAAUCAGCUGGGCUCUGCCACCUCUGACAUCACCACCCUGGACGUCCUCGAUGUAGUGACUACAGACCCUCCUACCAACGUGCAGGUGAGUCGUGUCGGCGACCUCGAGGACCAGCUGACGGUCCGCUGGGCCAGCACCCCCGAGCUCAAGGACAUCCUGUUUCAGGCCAAAUAUCAGAUACGCUACAGAGUGGAGGACAGCACUGAAUGGAAGGUAGUGGAUGAUGUUGGGAACCAGACGUCAUGUCGGCUGGCAGGCCUCCGGCCCGGCACCGUUUAUUUUGUCCAGGUGAGGUGCAAUCCAGUGGGCAUCUAUGGCUCCAGGAAGGCCGGCAUCUGGAGUGACUGGAGCCACCCAGCUGCUGCCUCCACACCCAACAAUGAGCGGCUGCAGAGCGGCUCCUGUGAUCCUAAGCCCGGUGAGCAGAACUCCACCCUGCGGCGGGAACUCAAGCAAUUCUUCGGCUGGGUCCGCAAGCAUGCGUACGGCUGCAGCGGCAUGUCAAUCAAACUGUACGACCAGUGGAGGGUUUGGCUGCAGAAAUCGCACAAAACGCGCAACCAGAUUCUACAAGACGAUAAUUCAUAGCACCAUCACUCAGCACCACUGUGGUGCUUAAUUCAAGAAGAGCAUAAAGAAACACUGACAGAUAACUGGCCCCGAGGGUCCCAGCUGUGUGAGAGGUCCAACGCCCCGCUUGAGGGAUACUGCAGUGUUUGGUCAUACAGCCUUAACUUGAGUUUAAAGGGCCCGAGUGGAGGAUAAUUAAAGUGAGACAAUGCAGCCUUUUUCUGCCAUUUCCUCUGGCCAGAUCUUUCUGUUAGAUGUGUUUGCACAAACACAAGUAUUUAGGCUGUUGAUAACUGAACUUAUACUCUGAACAGAAAAUGUUAUCGGAACAUUUUUUAAUAACUUAAUGUGAGAUAAGCAAGUCUUUAAUGCUACAUUGAUGUCAAAUGGUACUAAAGUAUUACUGAAGCAUCUACAAAAACAAAUUGCCAUGGCAGUAACACAAUGGACUGGGAACAAAAUGCAUAAAACCGUAAUCCUACUUUUCCAGGCCAAGAAACACAAAGUAUUUUUGUGAAGCUGUGGUUUUCUCCAAGAAAAUCUGAAUUUUUCAGUUUUCCAGUGUUGUGGCCUUGUAUAUCUCUAUAUCUAUUACUAUUGGAAAUAACUAGUUCAGGAUUGGACUGCAGUUAUUAUAUGAUAAAAUGUUAUUUUUAUUAUCAAUUAACUGCUGAUCAGUUUCUCAAUGACUGGAUUACUUGAUUUAUCGAUAAAAUGUCAAAAUGAAAUGUGAAACUUGUAAAACAAUAUACCAGUAAUUUGCUAAAGGCCAAGGUGACAUAAUGUUUUCUUUUGUCUUACUGAAACCCAAAGAUAUUCCAUUUACAAUGAUUAUAAAUCAGAGAGAAGUUGACUGUACUGACAAUCGAGGAACUGGAACCAAUGAAUGUUUGGCAUUUUGCAACACAAAAAUAGACUUAAAACAAGUAAUUACAAAAUAGUUGGUGAAUAAUUUUCUAUUGACCAACAUAACAUUUUAUUCUCUGCUAGUUCAGUGAAAACUAUAUUUGUAGAAGCAUCUAAAAUGUUGUAUGACAUACCAUUCAUUAAAAUUGUAUCAGUAAUUGAAUACCCAUGAGAUAAUGCCUCACUAUCUGUACAAUGUAUAUACUAUCCUGUGUCUGAGUAGACCAUUUGUUUAUAUUUUUAUAACUGCAUAUUUAAAAAAUGUUUUUUGACUUAAGUUCUACUCUUUUACUGCACCAGUAAUGCCGCUAAAAAAUGUAUAACAUAUAGAAGAG